ACAAAGAGCAGCCAAGAGAAUGAGGUACAAAGUCCGCGCGCACUGGAGACUCAAAAGAAAGUGGCAACAGGCUACCCCACACACAACAACAUCAGUACUGAUGAAGUGACCAAAUUGUGUUAUGUGUCAUUUAAUGCAAACAAAAUAACUUGCAAAAUGAGUUCUGAAGAAAAUAAACAUGUCACUGAGGAUCAUGAACAUGAUGAUGAUACUUCUUGCAGAAGAACAGUUUCUCUUCCUCCUGUUAUUCACAAGGAUGAUGAUGAUUCAAUGGGAAUAACUGAAGAAACAUCACAUGUUCCUCCCAGGAAGAAACAAAAUCUUCUCCUAGAAAUACCAUCAAGAACACCAGAAGAGUGUUCAGAAGAUUUUGUUGCAAUCAAAAUGCCAAUGACACCAAGUCCUACUCCAACUCCUACUCCCAAGAGAGUGAAUUUUCUUAUGACUUCUCGCUCGGUCGAUGCUCCGACAAAUAGCUCUCCUGGAUCUGCAACAUCAAAAGGAAAAUCAUCCAUAAGAAAGAUGCUGCCAAAAUUGAGUUUCAGGUAUAGGACACCGGCAGAUAUUGAGAAGACGAAUACACCAACUCGGGAAGUUUCGUCUUCGGGAACUCGAGAAAAGCCUUUAAUAUCAAGAUCAUUGUCGCUUGGUAAAAUAUUUACUCCUAGGAUGAAAAGAACUUCAUCAUUGCCAUUAGGAGAAAUUGGACAUUCAAACCCUGAAUCUACUCAUGGUGGAAAUGGAAGUGUCGGCGGUCCUCUCAGUAAAAAAGAAACUCGGCUAAAGAUAGCGCGUUCUCUUUCAAUGCCUGCCAACAACAACAAGGACAAAAGUAUAAGGAGGAUGGAUUCGUUUUUUCGUGUUGUUCCUUCUACUCCUCGAGUAAAGGAAGCAAAUGAAUUGUUGAGCUCGUCCCCGACAAAGGAUACUGAAGUCAAAGAUGAUGAUGGUGAAGAUAUACCUGAAGAAGAGGCGGUGUGUAGAAUCUGUCUGGUUGAAUUAUGUGAAGGAGGUGAGACCUUCAAGUUGGAAUGUAGCUGUAAAGGUGAACUUGCUUUGGCUCACAAAGAAUGUGCUAUUAAAUGGUUUAGUAUAAAGGGGAACAAGACAUGUGAUGUCUGCAGAAAGGAGGUUACAAACCUUCCUGUCACUCUACUACGGAUCCAAAGUGUUCGAAAUCGGAAUGGUGGAUUAAGUCGAGCUCAGCUUGAAGAUGUAAACGGGUACAGGGUUUGGCAGGAAGUUCCAGUGCUCGUCAUUGUUAGCAUGUUGGCCUAUUUUUGUUUUCUUGAGCAACUGUUGGUGACGAAAAUGGGAACUGGUGCAAUUGCCAUAUCUCUUCCAUUUUCCUGUGUAUUAGGUCUGCUCUCCUCCAUGACAUCUUCAACCAUGGUGAUGAGCAGGUUCAUAUGGAUUUAUGCAUCCUUCCAGUUUGCUCUGGUGGUUCUCUUCGCGCAUAUAUUUUACUCCUUGGUUCAUGUGCAAGCAGUUCUGUCAAUCCUUCUUGCAACAUUUGCUGGUUUUGGCGUAGUAAUGAGUGGAAGUUCUAUGCUUGUUGAGUUUUUUAGAUGGAGAAGGAGAUGGCAGGCUUCAUUAGAGCAACAACAUGGCCCUCUACCGAUGACACAAGCAGGACAGCAACCUCGAACAGUAACCACGCCACGCUCAGGCCAAUCCAACCACAAUCAAUCUGUAGUGCAAAAUCAACAAGACUCAAAUCAAAACUGAAUUGAUAGUUUUUUGCAUCUUAUGACAAAGCUAGUGGCUGCAGAACUUUUUGUGUAUAGGGUAGGGGGAAGUUAACUUUUAUCACACAUCUAUAUGGGACUUCAUUGUACAGCUUAUGAAUAUAGCUUCUCUGGCUAUGGAAUUUCUGUUUGCUUAUUUGUACUGAUCUAUUAAGCACGGAUACAGACACGGACAUUGGACACGACACGGACACUGACACUGCAAAUAAUUUGAUAAAAUCACAUAAUUCAGUGAAAUUAUGUGCCGGUAUCGUGUUGGUCUCGGACGUGACACGUGUCCGACACCGGGACACGUCUAAUCCAAGGAGUGUUUGUGCAUAGUUACUGAUGAAUAUUUCAGCACAUGAAAACCAGAAGGGUUUUUGGCUUUCUUUUUUGUAGGCUUGGGAGACAAAAUGAUUUUGCUUUAGGUCAAAGUGAGAGUGAAGGGUUGAGGAAAUGUGUUUGUUAAGUUGUGUUAGAGUUUGAUCAUUGAUGAGCAUUGCCAAAUGCAAUAUGUAGUUACUUUACUUACAUGGAGAUGUAUUUCGUUCUAUUUUCUAGGACUAGAGCAGAUUUUCCACAUCUUCAAUUUGGAGUGCUGCUAAUGGAGGAAUCACUGAAAAUUAUAACUCGUUACAAUUUAAUUAUUCGGAUGCAAUAUGUACUUUACUUA